UUUAAAGCCUCAUUAGAGACACGUAUUUCAUUUAUUAAUUAUUACUUACACUUAUCUACGACCCCGAAUUUCCUGUCUCUUUUAUUCACCAGACUAAACACGAAUAUUUCAUACUUGUACCCUAAACAACUAUCUCUGGCUCUCUCAUGGUUCCAUUGUGUAUCUGUUGAACAAUAAUACUGAAGCAGCAGCACUCCAGUCUCUUCGAUGGUGAGGACCUACGUUCGAGAAAACGUCCCUCUAUCAAGAUUUGGAGUGUUAGUCGCACAAUUGGAAUCUAUAGUCGCUUCCGCAUCUCACAAGCUUCCUGAUCCUCUCCUCUGCUUCGAUCUUCUUUCCGAUCUCAUUUCCUCCAUUCACGACGAGCCCAAGGAGUCAGUACUUCUGUGGCAAAGGAAAUGCGAGGAUGCACUCUUUUCUCUACUGGUUCUUGGUGCAAGGCGCCCUGUGCGCCACCUGGCAUCUGCUGCAAUGGGUAAAAUCAUUUAUAAAGGGGAUAACAUCUCAAUCUACUCAAGAGUCAGCAGUCUUCAGGGGUUUCUUUCUGAUGGAAAGAAGAAUGAAGCCUUGCGAAUAGCUGGUGCUGCCCAAUGCUUGGGGGAGCUAUAUCGGUUAUUCGGGAAGAAAAUCACUUCUGGUUUGCUUGAAACUACAAGUAGUGUAGCAAAAUUGAUGAAGUUUUCUGAGGAUUUUGUGAGGCGAGAGGCUUUGCAGAUGCUUAGAAAUGCUCUCGAGGGUUCAGGUGGGAAUGGCUCUUUACCUGCAUAUGCAGAAGCAUUUCGCAUAAUCAUGCGAAUGGGUGUUGGAGACAAAUCAUUCAUUGUCAGGAAAGCUGCUGCAAGAUGUUUAACAGCUUUUGCUAGUAUUGGAGGCCCAGGCCUAGGAGCUGGAGAGCUUGACAAUUCUGCCUCUUACUGUGUCAAGGCUCUUGAAGAUCCUGUAUCAUCGGUUCGGGAUGCCUUUGCAGAAGCUUUGGGAGCUGUGCUUGCUCUUGUAAUGAACCCUCAAGCACAGGUGCAACCAAAAAAAGGCCAGGCUAAUUCAAAAAAUCCUGAGGGGAGUUUGCAAAAGCAUCUUAUAUUGCCCUUCACCAAAGCAAGUGGACCCCGUUCAAAGGAUUUGCGAAUUGGUAUAACUUUGUCAUGGGUGUUCUUCUUACAGGGCAUACGGCUUAAGUAUAUGCAUCCAGAUAGCGAGCUACAAAAUUAUCUUGUGCAGAUUAUGGAUAUGCUUCGUGCAGAAUCUGUUGUAGAUGCACAAUCAUUGGCAUGUGUUUUCUAUAUUCUACGGGUUGGUGUGAUUGAUCAAAUGACUGAACCUACACAAAGGGUCUUCUUAGUUAAUCUAGGAAAGCAGCUUCAGUCCCCUGAUGCAAGUCCAUCAAUGAAAAUUGCUGCUUUACGCACUUUGUCAUAUACCCUGAAAACUUUAGGAGAGGUUCCUGUUGAAUUCAAGGAGGUUCUUGAUGACACAGCAGUAGCAGCAUUGUCUAACUCUUCACCUCUUGUACGUUCUGAGUCAGCUUUGACUUUGCGUGCACUGGCGGAGAUUGAUCCGACAUGUGUUGGUGGUUUGGUCAAUUAUGGGAUCACUACACUGAAGGCACUAAGAGAAAAUGUGUCAUUUGGGAAGGGAAACAAUCUGAAGGUUGAGCUUGAUUCCUUAAGUGGACAAGCUACAGUUUUGGCUGCACUUGCAUCUGUCUCCCCAAAGCUGCCUCUUGGUUAUCCAGCCAGAUUGCCCAGAACAAUGCUUGAUGUAGCUAGAAAAAUGCUAACAGAAGCUAGCCGGAACACUGUGGUUGCUACAGUUGAAAAAGAAGCUGGAUGGUUACUUCUCUCAUCCUUGUUGUCUUCCAUGCCAAAGGAGGAGAUGGAAGACCAGGUGUUUGAUAUUCUUUCGUUAUGGGCUGAUGUCUUUAGUGGUCGAGGCCAAGAUCAAGCGGAUUCAUCUGAGGAUCUGUCUUCUAAAAUAAGUGUGUGGUCUGCUGCACUUGAAGCACUAAAUGCCUUUAUAAGAUGCUUUGUAUCUAAUGAUGCUGUGAACAAAGGGAUCUUGCUUCAACCAGUGCUAUUAUACCUUUCUCGGGCAUUAAACUUUAUUUCCUCCUUAACAACCAAGACGCCUGAUGUGAAAGCUUCUAUGGACAUAUUCAUCAGCAGAAUAUUGAUAGCUUAUCAGUCACUUUCCGAUCCAAAGGCAUACAAGAGUGAUCACCCACAACUUCUUCAAAUAUGCACAAGUCCCUUCAGAGAGGCUUCCAAAUAUGAAGAAAGCUCCUACUUGAGGAUACUUUUGGACAGCAGAGAUGCUUGGUUAGGUCCUUGGAUUCCUGGAAGGGAUUGGUUCGAAGAUGAACUUCGGGCAUUUCAAGGUGGAAAAGAUGGCGUUUUGCCAUGUGUAUGGGAGAAUGAGCUCCCUAGUUUCCCUCAGCCAGAGACUAUUAGCAAGAUGUUGGUGAACCAAAUGCUCCUUUGCUUUGGAGUCAUGUUUGCUACUCAGGAUAGUAGUGGGAUGUUAUCACUUCUUGGCAUACUUGAGCAGUCUCUUAAAACUGGAAGGAGACAACAUGUUCUACAUUCAACCAGUGUCACAAACGUAUGCGUGGGAUUACUUUCUGGAUUAAAGGCCAUGCUUACAUAUCACUCCCAACCACUAGAAACAGAGAUAUUAACUGCAGCCCAGGGGAUCUUUCAGAAUAUUCUUGCUGAGGCUGGCACCUGUGAAUCACAACGAAGAGCAUCAUCAGAAGGGCUAGGGCUUCUAGCUCGCCUUGGAAAUGAUAUGUUUACUGCCAGAUUGACUAGAUCAUUGCUUAAUGAUGUAACUGGGGCACCAGAGCAUUAUGCUGGAUCAAUUGCUCUAGCUCUUGGUUGCAUCCAUCGCAGCGCAGGAGGAAUGGCAUUAUCAAGUUUAGUUCCAUCCACUGUGCAUUCUAUCUCUUCACUAGCUAAGAGUUCAAUAGCUAACCUACAAGUAUGGGCUUUGCAUGGACUUCUUCUAACAAUAGAAGCUGCAGGCUUGUCCUAUGUUUCACAAGUUCAGGCAACACUUGGCCUUGCUAUGGAUAUCCUUUUGUCUGAAGAGAAUGGAUGGGUUGUGCUUCAGCAAGGAGUAGGUCGCCUCAUCAAUGCAAUUGUUGCUGUUCUUGGUCCUGAACUUCACCCUGGAAGUAUCUUCUUUUCACGCUGCAAGUCUGUCAUUGCAGAGAUAAGCACACAGCAAGAAACAGCAACACUUCUUGAGAGUGUUCGUUUUACCCAACAACUUGUACUCUUUGCUCCCCAAGCUGUUACAGUUCAUACUCAUGUCAAAGUUCUCCUUUCAACUCUUUCAUCAAGACAGCCAACUUUGAGACAUCUUGCUGUGUCCACUCUGCGACAUCUCAUUGAAAAGGACCCAGAUCCUGUUAUUCAUGAACAAAUAGAAGAGAACUUGUUCCACAUGCUAGAUGAAGAAACUGAUACCGAGAUUGGGAAUUUGGUGAAAGCCACAAUUAUGCGAUUGCUCUAUACAUCAUGCCCAUCAUUUCCAUCUAGGUGGCUAUCAAUAUGCCGUAACUUGGUUCUUGCUACAUCUAGUGGAAAUACCAGAAACAACAAAGAAUUGGAUGAUGAUCCUACCAGUGGCCAUGAGGGAGACAAAUCCUAUGGGAAUGAUGAUGAGAACAUGGUUUCAAGCUCUCAAACUUCACCUGGAGCCAAUAUUGCCAGAGAUAAACACCUCAGAUAUCGAACAAGAGUCUUUGCUGCAGAGUGCUUGAGUCAUGUCCCAGAUGCUGUUGGACAGAAUCCUGCUCACUUUGACCUUUCAUUGGCGAGAAGCCAGUCAGCCAAAGACCUGAAAUCUGGUGAUUGGUUAGUCCUCCAGGUGCAAGAGCUCAUAUCUCUUGCUUAUCAGAUAAGCACAAUUCAAUUUGAAAACAUGCGCCCCAUUGGUGUGGGACUUCUAAGUACUAUUCUGGACAAGUUUGGAAAGGUACCUGACCCUGAGCUUCCUGGACAUCUAUUAUUGGAACAGAACCAGGCUCAGCUUGUUUCUGCUGUUCGUACAGCACUGGACACAUCAUCUGGACCGAUUCUUUUGGAAGCAGGUCUACAGCUGGCUUCUAAGAUAUUGACAAGUGGUAUGAUUAGUGGCGAUCAGUUGGCUGUCAAACGGAUAUUUGCAUUAAUUUCACAACCCCUUGAGGACUUUAAAGAUCUUUAUUAUCCAUCAUUUGCUGAAUGGGUUUCAUGUAAGAUCAAGAUAAGAUUAUUAACAGCCCAUGCCUCUCUCAAAUGUUAUACAUAUGCAUUCUUGAGGAGACAAAACAGCAUCCCUGAGGAGUAUCUUGCAUUAUUACCAUUAUUCUCAAAAAAUUCAAAUACAUUGGGCAACUACUGGCUCUCACUCUUGAAGGAUUACAGUUAUGUCUGCUUCCGCACACGCCCCAAUAUUCAUUGGAAACCAUUCCUUGAUGGAAUUCAAUCCUCUCUGGUUGCCAAAAAGCUGAAGCAAUGUUUAGAAGAAUCCUGGCCGUUCAUCUUGCAAGCAGUGUCUCUUGAUGCAGUUCCAGUGGAUGGGGACACAAAUGAAUCUUCCGGAACAUCAGAAAACACAUCCAAAACUGAAAAAACAUCCAAAAGUGUGUUUUUCUCAGGAUACAACAUGGUGGAAUUGAAACAGCAAGACUAUCAGUUUCUAUGGAGCUUCUCUUUACUUGUUCUCUUUCAGGGGCAACAUGCCACUCCUGAUAAAACCAUUAUCCCAUUGGAUUAUGUAAAAUCCAACAUUGCCUCUGACUCCAGAUACUUGAUAGCUAUGAAGUUUUAUGAAAUUAUUUUACCAGUUUUCGGCUUCCUAUCUGCUGAAAAGUUCUUCAGGAUGGGAUUUCUUACUAUCGAUAUAUGUCGGGAACUCCUGCAGGUUUUUUCAUACUACAUCUUUAUGGAGGAUAUAUUGGAUAGCCAUGCAAUCUCAGUUCUAUCACAGAUUGUUCAGAACUGCCCUAAGGAUUUUUUUGAAACGGAAGAUUUUGCAUAUCAGGCAGCUGAACUUUGUUUGUCCUUCAUUUUCAAGUUCAUACAAAGUGCUGAUGUAACAUCAUCCAGUCACUCAAGCUGGGAGGAUAAAAUAUCUCUGUCUCUUACUUCAGCAAUCAAUCUUUUGACUCGUGUAGAACCCAAGAAGCAACUACAAUUAGCAUUGGCAUUUCUCAUCAUUGGAUAUAAGUGCAUUGAAGAAGCAUCAAAUGAUACAUGCUUGUCUAAACCUGUUGAUUAUGUUCAAUCUCUAGUUGCUAUGCUGAAAAAGCAUGUCAAUGAAAAAUCUACACUGGAUGAUGAUGAUGCAGUAGUCUAUCUGAGGACCAUAAUUGGAGCUUGUAUGAACAUGAAUAUUUAUGUAACCAACAACUGUAUCAAGAACAUCCAUCAACAGGAGGAGAAGAUGAACAACUCAUCUAAAUUACCACAAAAGAAGCUCGCUUUCUCUCUUGAACAAAUUAUCACCUUUGCUAAAUUAACCCACAAAAUCCAACUUACUACUGAGAACCCAGACACCAAACCUGUAUCCUACGCCAUUCUAUGCCAAUCUGCCAAUUCCUUCCACAAGGUUCUCAACGAUCAGUACAUACAGGUUCAGGCAAUUGCCUUGCAAACACUAACCAGUGUAAUACGAGAUUCCAAUUCCGAAAGCAACAACACGUUUCUAGUGUUCUUCAUUGGCGAGCUUCUUAAUGAUAUUUUCUGGAUUAUCAAACAAGCUUUAAAAAAACCUGUUACAAGGGAAGGAAUGAGUGUUGCUGGAGACUGUUUAAAAGUGUUGAUGCUUUUGCAUACUUCCUCUAAAGCUCCGGAAUCUCAAAGAAGUCUAAUGAGCCUCCUUCUUGAAGCAAUUGUCAUGGUCUUAUUAGCUUCAGAGAACGAUUUCUCUCAGGAAGUGAAAGAACUAAAAACCGCAUCCAUGAGACUCGUUUCUCAACUUGCCCAAAGUCAAACUUCUGCAGUCUAUUUCAAAGACGCGUUAUUAUCAAUGCCUUUUACACGGCGCCAGAAACUUCAGGAUAUAAUUCGUGCUUCAGUAACACAAGAUCAGAGUCCAUCAACUCCGAGUAAAGUUACAUCAAUCCCUCCUUUGAUUAUCAAAAUGCCAUCACAAAUUGAAGAAACAAAACGCCAAAUUCCAACUCCAUUAGCCUCCACAAAAAUCCAAGAAGAAGAAGAAGAAGAAGAAGAUGAUGAUGAUUGGGACAAUUUCCAGUCUUUUCCUGCCUCCACAAACGAACCUAAAUCCACACUACAUUCAGAGGAACCUAAAUCUACAGUGAAUUUAGAGGAACCUAAAGCUACAGUAGUUUCAGAGGAACCUAGAUCUAUAGUACAUUUGGAGUCAUCUAAAUCUACAGCAGAUUCAGAUGAGCAAGAAAACACAAGUGUGAGUGUUAAGGGUGAAGACGUGGUGGAGGAAAGCCGUGAUUUUGAAGAAUUUCUUAACGAGAAUGAAGGUGGUGGAGGUGAUGAGGGAGAGGAAGAUGAUAAUGAUGAGGAGGAAUAUGAAGAUGAAGAUGAUUAUGAUGAAGAAGAAGAAGAAGAAGAGGAGGAGGUGGAGAUGGAUCCAGAGGUGAUGGCUCAAAGAAUCGAGAACUUAUUUGCUGUGGAUCCAGAAAGCUCAAAAUCAUCAUCAUCAUCAUCAUCUUCUUCUUCUUCUGGAUCUAACAAUGAAGAAGAAGAAGAAGAAAAAGGCUCGACUCAUGCUGAUGCUUUAGAGAACAAUGAGCAUUUACAACAUCAAGACUUGUCUGGCGUGGAGGCCGAGGUGGCGGUGGUGGCUGGAGAUGAUGAAAGCCCCCUGCCGCCUGCUGCCGCCAGUUGA